AUGUCUUCGUCAAACGUUAACAGUACGGGCUCUGGCACUGCUGCUGCUGACCCGACAACCACGUCGGAUUCGGCAGCGACUCCAACAUCAAGUCUUGUUUCUACCACUGAUGAGGAGACGUCUACUAACACACCUACCACCACAGCCACGGAUGCGGCUUCCACCCCAGCCGAUACUCCAACAACCACCACUGCAAACACAACACCCAUAACUACCAGUGACACGUCUACUUCAGAAACCAGUGAAACAACGUCGAUAGAAUCGACUACUUCAACAACAGAUCCAACAACGUCUGCGACGCCAACCACUACCUCAACCACCUCAACAAGUAGUACAUCGGAAACUACAUCUAGUAGCACAACCACCACGCCAACUUCAACUCCUACUACUACUACUGCCCCUAGCACGACAUCGACAAGCAGCCGUACUCCCUCGAGCACUGUCGUGACCACAGAGCUGACCUCAUCGGCAAAUGGAAGUACCACUGUAAUCGUGAUUACCUCGACCAAGGCCGUUGACAACACUGCAACGACGGGAGGCGCCGGUUCCACAUCAACUGCCGCCGAUGGAAGUAUUAUUACGAAUGGCUCCAACUCGGGCAGCAGCGGAGGACUCGACAGCGGAGGCAAGAUCGCCGUUGCCGUCGUAGUUCCAAUUGCGGCCGUGGCUCUCUUGGUUGUCGGUGCCAUCUUCCUGUGGAGGAAGCGAAAGCAGAGAAAGGAUGCCGAGGAAGAGAGAAGGAAAGAGGUUGAGGACUACAUUUACAACCCGAAUGCCGACCCGACUCUGCCAGAUGUUGGUAGCGCCGCAGGUGGUGCCUAUGAGAUGAAGGAAGAUACCUCUUCGGGGUACCGUGGCUGGGGCUCCACUACCCUUGCCGGAUCUACAGGACGUAAAGCAUCAACUACCUUGUCCGGUGGUGCAGCAGGUGUGGCUUAUUCGGACGGCACUCAAUAUGGCAACGUAUCUGACACGAGAUCAGGAGAACCACUUAUGAGCGACGGCUCUCACUCGCCAGAGGGAGAGAUUCUUGGUGCCAUGGGCCCAUCAGCCGCCGACACUCGCGGCGGCAACGUACACCGUGGACCAUCUAACGCCUCGUCUUCAUACAGCGCUGCAGGUCGUUCGGACGGUUCUGGCGAUGUCGGAACUGGCGUGGCUUAUGGCGGUCCAGGAUACUACGACCAGUAUGGCAGCAACCCCUACGAUACCGGCGCACCCGGUGGUGGUCAGCCCAUCAUCCGUGACAACCCAGCCCGACGCAACACACGAAUCGAGAACCCCUCGCACUACCCACAACAGAGCGCAGGCAUUUCCCAGAACUUCUAG